AUGGUAUUGGCAGAUCUUGGAAGGCGUAUCAAUAACGCCGUUGGAAAUGUCACCAAGUCCAAUGUUGUUGACGCUGACGUCAUCAGCAACAUGUUAAAGGAGAUUUGUAACGCCCUAUUGGAGUCCGAUGUGAACAUUAAACUAGUUGCCCAAUUGAGAGAGAAAAUACGAAAACAGAUCGACGCAGAGGAUAAACCAGGAAUUAAUAAGAAGAAGCUGAUCCAGAAGGUCGUUUUUGAUGAGCUGGUGAAACUUGUUGAUUGCAACGAAGCUGAGCUGUUCAAGCCAAAGAAAAAACAGACGAAUGUGAUCAUGAUGGUCGGUUUACAAGGUGCUGGUAAGACAACAACCUGUACUAAACUGGCAGUGUAUUACCAGAGAAGAGGAUUCAAAGUGGGAAUGGUCUGUGGUGACACUUUCCGAGCUGGUGCGUUUGACCAGCUGAAACAAAACGCUACCAAGGCUAAGAUUCCCUACUAUGGUUCAUAUACAGAAACUGACCCUGUGAAAGUGACCUUUGAUGGUGUGGAAGAAUUCAGGAAGGAAAAGUUUGAAAUAAUAAUUGUGGAUACUUCUGGUAGACACAGGCAGGAGGAAGAUUUAUUCGAAGAGAUGGUACAAAUUGGAAAAGCUAUCAAGCCUAAUCAAACAAUCAUGGUACUGGAUGCUUCCAUAGGUCAAUCUGCCGAAUCUCAAUCUAAAGCAUUUAAGGAAUCAUCCGAUUUUGGUGCCAUUAUCAUAACUAAAAUGGAUUCCAAUUCCAAGGGAGGAGGUGCCCUUUCAGCUAUAGCUGCCACCAACACUCCAGUAGCGUUUAUUGCCACCGGAGAGCACAUUCAGAAUUUCGAAAAGUUUUCAGGAAGAGGAUUUAUCUCAAAACUUUUAGGAAUUGGUGAUAUAGAGGGUCUUAUGGAACAUGUUCAGUCGAUGAACUUGGAUCAAGGUGAUACUAUCAAGAAUUUCAAGGAAGGAAAGUUUACUUUACAGGAUUUUCAAACGCAAUUGAACAACAUCAUGAAGAUGGGGCCACUGUCCAAACUCGCUCAAAUGUUGCCUGGUGGAAUGGGACAAUUGAUGGGACAGGUUGGUGAAGAGGAGGCUUCAAAGAGAUUGAAGCGAAUGAUUUAUAUAAUGGAUUCAAUGACGAAGCAAGAGUUGUCAAGUGACGGUAGAUUGUUUAUUGAUCAGCCUUCAAGGAUGGUAAGAGUUGCUAGAGGCUCUGGUACCUCUGUAACUGAGGUGGAGCUUGUUCUUUUACAGCAAAAGAUGAUGGCUCGUAUGGCAUUACAAUCUAAGAAUAUGAUGAGUGGGGCCGGCGGUCCAGCAGGGAUGGCUUCCAAAAUGAAUCCAGCUAAUAUGAGAAGAGCUAUGCAACAAAUGCAAUCAAACCCAGGAAUGAUGGAUAACAUGAUGAAUAUGUUUGGUGGAGCUGGAGGAGCUGGAGGAGCUGGAAUGCCGGAUAUGCAAGAAAUGAUGAAACAAAUGUCCAGUGGCCAAAUGAAAAUGCCCAGUCAACAGGAAAUGAUGAGCAUGAUGAAACAGUUUGGUAUGGGCUAA